AUGAAGGUCGCAAUUGUAGCAUUCGCUUUCUUGGCUGUCGCCUUUGCCGCUCAAUCCGAUGAGCAUGUUCCAAUUGUAUCUCAAGAAUCCGAAGUCAACUUCGAUGGAUCUUUCCAUCAUUCUUAUGAAACCGGAAACGGAAUCUCCGCCCAAGAACAGGGUGUAUUGAAGAACGCCGGAAACAAGGAAACCCAAGCUGAAGAAGUCCAAGGAUCUUUCGAAUACACGGCUCCUGAUGGUACCCCAAUUAAGGUCCAAUACAUUGCCAACGAAUUCGGUUUCCAACCACAAGGAGAUCAUCUUCCAGUUGCCCCAACUCCACCACCAGUACCACUUGCCAUCGCCAAGGCUUUGGACUUCCUUCGUACCCACCCAUACAAACCAGAAGAUGAAAAGAAACAUUAAGUUUAAUUGGAUUCUUUUAAAAAUGACUGUUUGUA